AUGAUGUUCAAAGACAUUUUUUUAUUAAAGAGACUUGUUGUAAAUUAGUUUGUAAUAUAUGUUGUCAUAAUUGCCAAAUAAAUAACUUAAAAAUUGUAAAUCAGUUUUAUAUAUUAUGUAUUUUUAAUAUAAACAUAAAAUGAAGAGAACUUAUUUUAAUCAAUCGAAGAUCUCAUGGUUGGAUGUGGUUAUAGAAAUGUAUUCUAUGACUAUUUAAGAGAAUUACUAUAAUAACAUUAGGUUAAUAUUCCAUAUUAAUUCUAAAUUAAAGUCUUGAAGAUGUUCACUGAAAUGGAUAAUAAAAAAACAUGUACUAAAUUAAUUAUGUCAAUUUAAAAUAUAUAAAGAUAUGAUUCAAAAGGAUUAAUAGAUUUUUGUUUAGAAAAGGAUUUAAUAGAACCCAUGAUUUAUAUUUGCUCUUAAAUUACUGACUUUCUGACUUCAUAUUUAAGAAUUAAUACACUUCUUAGUAUUCUCUAAAACAAGAAUGUUUUGACAGAUAAAGAAAAUAAAAGUAUUACUACUUUAAAUUACUGGUCAAAAUCAAUCCAAUAUUUAAUCAUACUUUACAGAUGGACAAUUCUAAGCUAUGUUUAAAGAUUUAUUCGAAUAUUUAUUUGUUUUUGA